CCGCUCUCCCUGCCCAGUGCGCGCUCCCGACGCAGAUAAAUUCUAUCGAGACGAACUACUUGGCAUUACACCUGUCCUCGCAGACCAGGUGUGUGUCGGUCUCACCUGUCUGACUCUGUAAAUGAUGGAGGAGCUGGUCGGGCUCGGCGCCGUGACACUGCUGGGCGUCCUGGAGCAAGCCUAUUUCUCUCUCCAGGUAAUUUAUGCCAGGAGGAAGUAUUCAGUGUCUCCACCUGCCACCACUGGACCACCAGAAUUUGAGAGGGUCUUCAGAGCUCAAGCAAACUGCUCAGAGUACUUCCCCAUCUUCAUCACCGUGCUGUGGCUAUCUGGAGUAUUCUUCAGCCAAGGUCUGUCUUCAGUCUGCGGUUUGCUUUAUUUAUAUGGACGGUUCAAUUACUUUAGAGGAUAUUCUGAGUCUGCACAGGGACGUCUGGCUCCACUUUACUUCUGCGCUCAGAUUCUCUGGAUUCUCAUCGGGUUCUCCGCUGUUGGCAUUUUCCUCACAAUCUGCCGAGUUUACCUGAACAUGGACCUGCUGCAGGAACUUUGCUCCAUCUUCGGGCUGUUUUGACCGAGGAGGAUAAGAAGUGACAAAAGGGAGGAGAGGUUGUCUUCUACUCUGAUCUUCAUCUCUGUAUUUCUCAUACAGUUCGUUAAAUAUUCUGUUAUCAACCUGAAAGUAGGGAAUAAAGAGAGAUGAUGUAUC